GAAUGCUCACGAACACAGUAAUACCGUCUGUCUGUCGUUUCCCCAGUUGACAAUACACUUGUGAAGUCUUUUUUUUUCCCAAGCUCGCACUAUUUUCUUAUUGAAUAAAUUUAACUGUUGAGUUUGUAUGGAUUAGCCUCAAUGAUAGACACAUGUGGAAAACAACGAGUUAAAAUCCUGUAUCAGCGGAAAUAACGUCGCAGUUGACGCGAUCACCACAGAAUCAGGAUGAGUUUCCUAUUUGGAAGCCGGUCUUCCAAAACAUUCAAGCCAAAAAAAAAUAUUCCCGAGGGAACACAUCAGUAUGACUUGAUGAAACAUGCUGCUGCAACUCUGGGCUCUGGAAAUUUGCGGCUAGCUGUGAUGCUCCCUGAGGGUGAAGAUCUCAACGAGUGGGUGGCUGUUAACACUGUUGAUUUCUUCAAUCAAAUCAAUAUGUUGUACGGCACCAUAACCGAAUUUUGCACGGAAGAAAGUUGUUCAAUAAUGUCAGCUGGGCCCAAAUAUGAAUAUCAUUGGGCAGACGGUCACACAGUUAAGAAGCCAAUAAAAUGUUCAGCACCCAAAUACAUCGAUUAUCUGAUGACUUGGGUUCAAGAUCAGUUGGACGACGAAACACUCUUUCCCUCGAAAAUAGGAGUUCCAUUUCCAAAAAAUUUUCUCUCAAUUGCGAAAACAAUUCUCAAACGAUUAUUCCGAGUUUAUGCACACAUAUAUCACCAGCAUUUCAGUGAGGUUGUGCAGCUGGGAGAGGAGGCACAUUUAAACACAUCCUUCAAGCACUUUAUAUUCUUCGUCCAGGAGUUUAACUUAAUUGAAAGACGAGAAUUGGCGCCACUGCAAGAGUUGAUUGAAAAAUUAACAGCUAAAGAUGCACGAUGAAUAAACUAACACUGGUAACACGAGCAAAGUAUAAUGUAAGGAAAUUCCUCCAAAGAAUCUCAACUCACUAUUAUUCUCUUUUGUUUUCUAAUUGCACUCGUAAAUUGAGAUAUGUUCAUAGUGAAAUUCAAUGCAAUAUUAUAACAGACUUCUCACAGUUCAAUAGAAUAUUAUCAAUCAACAAUAAAUGCAUCUGAUUCAUAUUAGCAGAAUGAAUGAGUUCUAGCAUUUAGCUAGAUGGAAUUUUUUCACGAAUGGAAUCGUGUGUUGGCAAAUGUGCUAACGAGUUUUGUAAAAUAAUUGCGUGUCGCUCCAUUAUUUCAUCGUUAUUCAUCUCGUCCCUCUUCGAUUCAACUAUUGAGAAGAGGAAUUUAAGGAAAGUUGCAUAUUCUUUUUAUAAUUUAUUGUGUUCUUCUUUUUCCUUUUACCGCAGUAUGAAAUUAUAAGGGGUUUCACUCGAGGAUUUCGAACUUUUAAGAUACCUACGUUUCGUGACGACGUUAAGUUAAUUUUGUUUUCUAUUAUUAUAAUUUUCCGUUGUUUAAUAUCACUUAUCAUUGUUAGUAGACAACUAGUAAAAUUUUAUUUAGAUAAAUGCGUUCAUUUCACAUCGAAUUUUCACUUAGGCGAUUGCAUUAUCUUCAUAUUUCUUAAUUAUACACACAUCAUUAUUAUUUUUAUCAUUUCGAAUAUUUGUUCAAGUAUACGUCACCCUGAUAAUCAAUGAUAAUGGACACACCAUUUGACGAUUACAAUACAAGGUCUGUGAAACAUGAAGCUAUUACCGUAAAGCACGUAAAAUAACUAGAGUAACAAGAAUAAGAACGACGAAAUUACAAUUAGGUAUUGGGUGUGAGGAUCAAAAGGAAAGAAAAGUUAUAUAUUUUAUAUAUAAAGCCUUUGCGCGAAUUUUCUGGAUACAAAUUUGCCUGUAAAUAGCCAUUUGAGGAAGGAACAAUUUUUUUAUCAAUCGGUGUAGACUUGGCGCUUCACAAAGUGUAUGUUCAUUAAUGUGUGGCAUUGUAACUGUCGAUUGAUCGCUUCGAACAAAGAUACAUGCAUUGAGGCAAUAUAUUUAAAGAUACCGAUUCAAGUAUAAUUUAUUCAAACAGUACUUAAAAGUUGUGCAGAGUGAGGCAUAUGCCAUGCAUACAAUAAAAUCCUCUAUUUUUCAGUUUCAGCGCUUGAGUUUAUCAUGAAUAUAAUGGAAUUUCGAUAACCGACGAUAUUAAUCAGUAAUAAUAUACCAAAUUUAGGGUAAGCAGACCAAUUGAUGAACGGUUAAGGGGAAUCUAUGGUUUUUCGAGAGAUCAAAAAUCGAUCAAUCACAUAAAUGAGACAAUGACGGAUUUUCUACGUAAUAAAAUAUAUAUUCAUGAAUAACAAACGAUCAGUGUUAUUCAAUACGAAAAUUGAUAGCACGAUUCCUAUUAUAUUAUUUAUAAAAUACUUUAAAAAAAGUCGAAAUCGUGCAUCUUUUGGCGGGUGUCUAUCUACUGGUCUGCUUUUCCUAUAGGAAAUUGGCUUGUGAUUGUGUUAACAAUGGAACGUAUGUCAACAUUAAUUUGAUAUUAAAUUGAAGAUUUACGUUCUCCGGGCAUUUACCCAUUCAAUAAAACUCAUUGCAUCUAAUCUCGCGCUAUAUACGAGUAGUUUUCGAGCGGAAUAAACGCGUUUUUAAAGACAGAGUGAGGAAUAUACAUGGAGAAAAAAGUUGCAGAUAAAUUAGCAAAGAAGUCAAGUAAUUGUGGAGAGGUAUCCAUUUCAAAUUUACUAAAUGUGAUGGUAAUUUGUGCCGAAACCGUAGAAUUUACCAUUUAUGCUAUCAAAAAUUAUUCGGAGCCAGAAGAAAAUACCCCCUACAGUUGCCGGAAAUUUUUGCGUCCAUAGAUGUGUUUUGCCGAACGAAUCGUAAGAUAUUCCCCGCAAAAAGUAUUUUUUAUUGAAUUACAAUUUCGCUCCAGGAUGACCUUUCGUACAAUAAAAUUUGCGGCGAUUUUUAAAAUCAUUUUUAUUCAACUUUUUUCUCAAUGUAGCAUUGACCAUUGCUUCUCCCGGGAAGUGCGCACUAAAGCCCGAACAUUGAUUGUAAAUAUCUGGAGAUUGGUACGAGGAAGAGCUCGUUGUAUGUAUAAUACAAUCUAACUAUAAAUGUAAUGAAUUUUAUUUUGCACGAUAACUACAUUAAGAAUACCCUAGUGUGACAGUCCCUGCAAUAAAAUAAAACUUCAAAGAACUAUUAUUUGGGCUUUCUAAUAUAACAAGUGCCGAAUUGAACAGUUGCUGCAACUGGACUUGAACCCCAUUCAAGGAAAAUCAUGAAGAUGCAAUUUUAAAAUGUGAAAUUUUAUGUAUUUGCAUACACUAUUUUCUGAGAUCUCACUAUAUGACACGAAAAUAAUUAAAAGACGAUUAUAUAGUCUGAUUUAAUUCUCAAAUUAUGAAUUUUUAAUUAAUUAAGAAUUCAAUUUUUGGAGAAUUGAUUAAGAAUAAAUUAAAAAUUCAUAAUGAGAAUUGUCAAUCAAUUCACAAUGAUUUCAGAUGAAAUAAUUCCGAAGCUUAGUGCAAACUGUUACUUGUAAUCAAUUAUACACAUGUAACUCAGCAAAUAAAGAGGUCAUUGGUUGAGUAGAAUGUACUCUUGAAUUUAUGAAGAUGGGGCGGUUUGAAGGGGAAGGGGAUUUCCACCGACGAGUAGAUGAUUUCACCUCCCCAGCUCCCCCCACAGAACCCCAUAGAGUUGACGCGUUGAGUCAUUAACAGCACAGUAAGCUUCUUAGACCCCUUCUGUUAUCAUUCUGUUGCGAGAGUACGUAGCUUGUCUCACGAUAUAUAAUAUUAAGUUCAUAAGUGACAGUGUGCUUUAUCGAAUAUCGAGGAACUAACGUUCAUUGAGGGAUUAAAUAAAUUAUAAUGCUGAAUUCCGAGAGAAAUGCCACUCUGGAACUAGUUUUCGUCGCGUAAUUUCAAAUUACCUCAUGUAUCACGAGUUUGUUUCAUGUAUUUUUCGUUUGUUACUGCGAGAGAUAUAAAUAAGAAAUCAAUAGUUUUGUAUGACCAGCGGUCGUUACUGAUAAUGCCUGUGCAGUGUAAAUAGUGUUAAUUCCUUUGAAAAUAAAUGAAAUUGCAAUAUGAACAA